AUGGGACGAAGAAUCCCAGUUGAAAACCUCUCAGUCAUACACCAUCCUGUUAUAUGUUUGUCAUUCUUCGCUGCAGGUUUGGCCGCCAGCAUGGCCAUCAUCACAGCCCUGUGUAGCGUCCGAAAAAAGGCGGCAUCACCAACACCACCAUUAACAGAUCCUAUUGAAAUGUCCAACGAAUCGGACAAUUCCCAGACAUCAAACGCAGAAGAAAAUGAGAAUGAAAAUAACAACGAGAAUGAAAAUAAUAAUAAAAACAAGAACGAGAAAGAGUUACCUCUUCCACCAGCACUGCAACAACUCCCGAAGGAUCCCUUUAUCUCAGAGAGAAUGAAAAGAGUGACUUCUGAACGAAAGGCACCGUUGAGUCUGAGCAUCAAAAUGCCAAGGAGUUUGUCGGUGGCAAGGAAUUGGGACCAAAAGGAGGAGAAAAUAAAAGGGCCAAAGUUGAAAGCAGAGGACUCUGUUUGGAUGAAAACCAUUAUUCUAGGAGAAAAAUGUGUCCCUGAUGAAGAGGAUGACCCUGUGAUAUUUGAAGGAAGGGGAAAGAGAAUCUCAGCAUACCACACAAAAAGGCAUAGCGUCAUGUCCGUUUCUAGACAAAGCUCUUACCUUGAUUCUGAUGCACUACCCAAAAUCCAAACCCAAGAUGAAACAAUUAGCAAGGCUUAA